CCUUCGGAAAGCUGCCUCUGCAGUUGGUCGGUUACAAAGUUCGAAUUCAGUCAAAUCUCGAUUACCACGUCACAGCUUUGUCAAUUCUUUACAGGAAACCCAUUUUUCCCUCCUUAUAAAAACUAUGGGCUGUAGAAUUCUUAAGCACCAAAUUUUGUUCAUUACAUGCGUGUAUCUUCCAAAACAAACUUAUAAAGAGGACAAUUUCAAAGCUGAAAGCUGAAGAAAAUGGCUUGUGAAUUUGAAACUAAUUCAUCAUUUCACAGACCUGAUGUUUUUGAUAAAGAGGAUCAUCUGCUUGAUAUUGAUUCUGUGAAUUAUGGAUGCAAGCAUUACAGAAGAAGAUGCAAGAUCAGAGCCCCAUGUUGCGACGAGACCUUUGAUUGCAGGCAUUGUCAUAAUGAAACUAAGAACACUCUUGAAAUCGAUCCACUUCAUCGACACGAUGUUCCACGCCAUGAAGUUAAAACGGUCAUAUGUUCCUUAUGCGGCACAGAACAAGAUAUUCAACAGAACUGCAUAAAUUGUGGCGUUUGCAUGGGAAAGUAUUUUUGCCAAAAAUGCAAAUUUUUUGAUGAUGAUGUCUCAAAGAAACAAUACCACUGUGAUGGAUGUGGAAUAUGUAGAACUGGAGGCAAGGAGAAUUUCUUCCACUGUAACAAAUGUGGAUGUUGUUAUUCGAAUCUGAUUAAGGAUGCACAUCAUUGUGUGGAAAGAGCAAUGCACCAUAACUGUCCAGUUUGUUUUGAGUUUCUAUUUGAUACGAUGAAAGACAUUACUGUUUUACGUUGUGGGCAUACUAUACAUUUGGAAUGUGUCAAGGAGAUGGAGCAUCACCACCAGUACUCGUGUCCUGCGAAAGAAAAUCUCAAACGUCCAUAA